AUGGGUGUCGGAGACUAUGUCCACUCUAAGGAGGCUGGUCCUCAAUCAACUACAAAUGAUGCCUCGAACCAAUCUCGUCAAGCUUUAGCAGCGCAGGCAAGAGUCGAGAUUCCCGCCACGAAACUGGUGGCACCUGUACCUGUGGGGAUGAAUGGACGAGCCCAAUUAGAUGCAUAUGGGGGAGUGACAUUUCCGCAGCCAUCGCAGGUAGCGCAUGAAAAUGCCAUGCAUCGAGACAUGUUCGAUACAGAUGUCGAGGGUGUCGAUGACUCUACUGUUGCUGAGUUAAGCGUGGUCGGUGUUGAUGAAGCUACACCACAGCAUCAGUUGCCGCCGCCUCCGAGUGCGCAGUACCAGGAACCAGAACCAAAGGCUCUCUACCAGUUGCGCCAUGGACGUCGUCCCCAGACAUCGAACUGGUACGAAAAUUUGGGCGACAAAGCCAUCAAGACGGCAGGCUUUGAGUCUGACGAUGCCGAUGAUGAUGCUAGCCAAAUGACGUCCGUGGCGGGCGAUGACCGAGCCGAUGAAAACAACGAUUGGUACUUGUCUCACAAACACCGUCAUAUCGAAGAGCCUCUGAGCAAACGCCUCGAAGGCUUCUGGAGUGCCAGCAGACGGUCCUAUUCCAAGCCUGGUAAUCAGCCUCAGAGGGAGGCGUCGAGAAUCCCAGCCCUCGGAGGUACAAACGGAAACAGGAAAAUUGUCCUCCCUCGCAGUAUGACGGCAACUCCGAGGACAAGAUUCAGCCCCCCGAAGCCAUCACUCCUUGACAAGCUCGAAAUAUCGCCGACCCGGCCCACGAACGGCCCACGAGCACAGCCUGGAAGGAAGAACAGCCUGGCAGGCUUUACUCAUGAUCCCGAGGGUGAUGCUGGUCUCUUUGCAAAUGACCAUGGAAGACGGGAUAGCGAGCCAUCGAUAACCGCCUUUGAUAUCACCAAUUUCGAUGAUCUGGAUGAUGAUGAUACGAUCCGCGAUCCUUUCUCCCGUCGUGCUUCGGUCAAACGCAUAAGCUUAGAUACUACCCAAACCAAGAAGCGAGUUCUUGAGCCUGAUUAUCCCCCGGAGAUUCUGGCCAAGAAGACGUUCGAUGAACUCCAAGCCGAGCCAUUUGAUUUCGAUCCUGCCACAGCACGUACCACAGUCACUUUGAAUCCAUCACAGGACCCCUCUGCCGCAGAACAAGACAGAGUCGCUUUUCUCUUGAGGCUUUCUGAGAAGGAUCGCCAGACCUACCUUUCAAACUUGAGCAUCGAUGAAUGGGAGGACUGCGGCGACCAAUUGAUUGAACAAUUCACCAAGCUUCUCACGGACAUGAAGGAUCUACGGCGUGCUCGACGGAAGACAGCCGCGGUCUUCGAAGCGGAGGUUAAACGAAGACAUGAGGUUGUUCAGGACCAGCGCUCCGACUUGGCCAGGAAGUUGAAUGAGAUGAGAACGGGCGGCGUGGAGGUGCUACGUGGCCGUACCCCCUGA